UCUUACUGCAGCAAAAUUACUUGUUCAAAUGUCAAUGGCGUUGCUCUCAGGCUUCAUAGCCCAAGAACAAAAAAAAAAAAGCAAAAUCUACCAUGUAAUCUGUUUCCCAAUAAUGCUGAAUCUUGUGCAAUUCUUGUGUUCUGUUUUCUCAUUUUUCAUCAGACUCUCAAAUGCAAUUUCAGCAUUUUCCCUUCAGUUAUUUGGUCCCCCCUGUAAAUGCAUGUUGGAAUCUGAGCUGACAACCCUCCAAAUAUUGACAGAUUCAUAAGAGAUAGUCAAGUAUAUGAAGAUACAACACCUUGCAACAACAAUACAUUAAGGCAUGGGAGGGACUGAGGAUUCAGGCAAAAAUGAGUGUGCAACCAAAACUGAGGAGGACAAGCAUGAAAAGAAGGAGAAAUCGAAACACAAGGAUGAGGAUGAGAAAGGAGCAAAAAGUGAAGAGAAGGCCAAGGACAAGAAGAAAGACAAAGAUAAGAAGAAGAAGGAUCCUGAAGAUAAGAAGGAUCUGUCGAAAUUAAAGCUUAAGCUUGAAAAGCUUGAUGCCAAGAUGCAGGCUUUAGCAAUUAAAAGAGAAGAAAUUGUCAAGCUUAUCAGUGAUGCUGAGAAAGCUGCAGCAAAUCCAACUGCAGAAGCUGCCGCUCCACCUCCAUCUGCUUGAACAUUUCUGCGAUAGUGCAAGAAAUUUAAGAUCAAGAUCUGUAGAAAUUGGAAGAUCUUAUCUGUUAGAUGCCGGAAAUUGUGCUGAUAUGUGUAAUAGCAUUAGGAAAACAAUUUAUUCUGAGACAAAGUUGAAAGUAGAAAGUAAGCUUGUGUAUGUAUCAAAAGUAGAAUUUCCAUACACGAACAGAUGAUGAAAAUGCAUCUAAACGUUAUCCAGACUGGGAUUGUAGAUUAUAUAUCUGAAAAAUAAACCAUGGCCUUGAGUGAUGGAAUUGAAAAUAGAAGCAAACCUAGUUUUCACUCA